UGCCACGUUGCACAUUCAAUUCCGUCGACCGGCGGCGGCGCCAUGUUCCAUAGGCUGCGCCAGUAUGACGUGUACACGAAGGGCGUGGAAGGGAUUCAGGAAAAGACGACAUGCGGCGCCUUGAUCACCGUUAUCAGUGUGGCCAUCGUCUUCCUGCUCUUUCUCUCGGAGCUCGGCAUCUACACAACCACGCAAGUCGUGAACCGCAUGCAUGUUGACACGGUCCCGCAAGAUGCCGUCAUGCACAUCGAAGUGGACAUCACGUUUCUGCAUGAAAAGUGCAAAGAUGUCGCGAUGGAUGCAAGCGAUGUCAAGGGAAACAAGGACUUGCUGGCCGACAGCAACAUCACGGCCGUCCCCGUGCCAUCGGGUGAGUCGGAAGGGUGCCGGCUCACGGGAUUUGUCGAUGUGCACAAGGUCGCGGGGGUCGUGAGCUUUGCCCACGAAGGCUCGUUGAACAUGUUCAGCUUCAUGGACUUUCUCGAGUUCAAUGCGUCGCACAUCGUGCAUCGCCUGUCGUUUGGUCCUGACAUCCCCAACAUGGUGAACCCAUUGCAGGACGUGCACAAAUCGGUCGAGAAGAACGUUGCGCUCUACAAGUAUGGCGUGUCCAUCGUCCCGACGCAGUACACGCCGCUGUACGGCCCGCCGAUCCAAACCUACCAGUACUCGGUGACCGAGUACACGUCGGAGCCGAACGAGGGAGGGGUCAUGUCGUUCCCGGGGGUGUCGUUCAUGUACGAGUUUUCUCCGAUCAAGGUCGAGUACGUCGAGAGCAAGCCGUCGUUCCUCCAGUUCGUGACUAGCACUAGCGCCAUCGUGGGGGGCGUCUUUGCCGUCGCGAGAAUCGUAGACAGCGUCAUCUACAGCAUGUCGUCGCGCAAGUUGGACUAGCUUUACUAGAUGCGACGAAAUCCAAUCGAAACUACCCCAACUGCCUUGUCGCCGCCAUGCAAAGCGUUUGCACGAGAUGAAAGCGAACAUACAACGACUAGCCAAAGAGAGCACAGGCGGCACACCAUCAAAGCACGGUGGACAUAUUGACCCAACGGUCUUCACUCCGGUCCAGGAGGCGCGGGAGACGAGCGACGGACCGCUCGUUUCAUCCAUUCGAUGGCGGCGUGCGACAUCGACGUGAUCAGUUAGUCGACAUCAUCGUACAUGAAGCUUAAGGACAACGGACACACUGAACAACGAGGAAGGGGGGGUCGGUCGCGGCGACCGCUACUUGCACAGCACCGCCGAGACGAGGAGCCGAAACGAGUUGUCGCCGUCCGAGCUACUGCCGUCUUCGUUGUCGGCGGAAGCCGCGUCCGCGAUGCCUUCCGCUUUCGACUCGAGCAACACGGUUUCCUGCAAUCGUUGCCACGAGUACCCGCUCGGCCGCUUCGUUUCGGUCGGAUCGUCGUCCGUCGCGAUCGACCUGUCGUCGUCAUCGACGUGGUUGUUGGGCUCGAUCUUGACCGGGCUGGCGUUGUUGUCAUCGUGCUGCAGCACCACCAUGUCGUCGCCGCCAUCGUCGACUGUGAUUUUGCCGACCACAAACCUGGCGGGGUCGCACUCCUUCAGGUGGUCCUUCAAGCUCCGCCCCCCAUGCGCAAAGCAGAAUCCCCCUUUGCGCGCCGUCGUGGAGCACCCGGGGAUGAUGCACCGCUUGCCCCCGCCGUGAGCAAUGCACUUGCCACGACUGACUGCGCUGUUGACACAGUCGUCCGUGGUGCACUUGCGACCGCCGCCGUGGGCUUUGCACAGGCCCAUGCGCUGAGCGCUGCUGCGGCAACUGUCAACCAUACACCGUUUCCCGCCGCCAUGGGCAAUGCAGAGGCCGCCCGUCUUGGCGCUGCUCUUGCAGUCUGCGAUGCUGCAGCGCUUCCCGCCGCCGUGCGCCCGGCACAAUUCGCCGCUGACGGCCGAGCUCUUGCAGCCGUCCAUUUUGCAACGGUGGCCGCCGCCGUGCGCAAUGCAGUACCCGCCCUUCUUUGCGGAUGAGCUGCAUCCCUUCUUCUGACACCGGCCGCCGCCGCCAUGGACGUAGCACAAGCCGCGGCUCUGCGCGCUGGACAUGCACCCGUCCAUCUUGCAACGACGCCCACCGCCAUGCGCGCGGCAGAGUCCCGCCGACGCAACGUGUUUGUUGCAUCCGUCGGCUUUGCAUUUGCGCCCCCCGCCGUGCAUGACACAGAGGCCUCGGGACACGGCCGAGCUCUGGCAGCUGACCGCUUUGCAUCGCCGGCCGCCCCCGUGUGCGACGCAUCGCCCUCCGCUGACCACGUGCUUGGUGCAGCCUUCAUGGCGACAGCGAGUGCCGCCGCCGUGCGCAGGACACAAGCCACGGCUGCGCGCGCUGUUCUCGCACCCGCCUUCAAAUGUGCACUUUUUCCCGCCCCCGUGGGCAAUGCAAAAGCCGCCGCCCACGGCCGAGCUCUGGCAGUCGUCAGCUUGGCAUCGGCGGCCACCUCCAUGCGCAAUGCACACGCCGCCGCGCUUCGCCCCGCGCGUGCAACCUUCGACGCUACACGACUUGCCGUUUUGCAAGUUCAACUGGUCAAGGUCGAUGUCAUCGUCUUCAUCGUCGUCGUCGAAUUCGUUUUCACUGGUUGAGCUGCAGUAAUCGACGUCGAUCUGGUGCUCAUUGUCGUCGUCGUGCAUGUCACAGUCGUCGGGGGUCGCCAUGGCGCCGCCGCCGUCCGUGCUGCAAUGGCUCUUUGGCGACAUGUCUAAGGAUGCUGCGAUCGGCUGGACGGAGGGGCGCGGCGAGUCGUGCGACGACGGCUCGUGCGUCGGCUGCUUUUUCGGUUUGGUGUCCUGUGUAUGGGGGGUGGAAGCCGUCUGACGAGCACCCGUGGAAGAGGGUGGCAUGUCCGCCGCCGCGAUGGAAGCUGCUUGGUCCGCCAUCGAUCACGACGUGGGUUUCGAGAUUGUAGCAAUCGCAAAAUGGGUGUUUCAAUCGAUCGUGCCGAAAGGGCGGCGGCGCAGGAAGGGGCACAAAACC